AUGGAGGAGGAGAAGGGUCAGCCGCAACCGACAAUGGAUACUCCUAACGCAGGAGCGGACGUAGCUCUGUCUGCGCUCCAGAAAGUUGAGACUGGUAGUGCCUCUCACCCUAUCCACUGGAAUCCGGUGAAAAAAUGGGCUAUCAUCAGCGUCUACUGUUUGCUGCAAACCUUCAUCGCUCUCUCAACCACGACCUAUGUCAGUGCAGAGUUCCUCGUCCAAGAGAAGUAUGGAGGAUCGUCGCAAGUCGUAGCACUUGGUCAAUCCAUGUUUAUCGUUGGGACUGCAGUUGGCCCAGCCUUUCUGGGUCCUUUAUCUGACCUAGGAGGACGAAAAUGGGUGUAUGUGGGAUCUAUCGGCAUCUAUGCGAUUUUGAACAUUGGCACCGCGCUGGCGCGCAACUUGCCGAUGCUUAUCAUUUUUCAAUUCCUAUGCGGAGCUGCUGGAAGCACGGCUCUCUCCAACGUGGCUGGCACCAUCGCUGACCUAUUUGGUGACAUGGACGGAGCUGGCCAGCCAAUGGCAAUGUUUGUCAUGUCUGCCAAUUAUGGCCCAAGUAUAGGCUCUCCUAUUGGAGAACUGAUCGCGGAAAACGAAAAAUUAGGACUGCCGUGGAUUUUCUGGAUCAACGUGAUCAUCGGCGGUGCUUUUGCCAUUGCCAUGUGUUUCAUUCCGGAAACACUCCCGAGAAUUGUUAUCAGCAGAACGGCAAGGAAAAAUAAGUCGUCAGAUCCGACCGAACUAGCCGUCAUAGAAGAACAUGUAGAUAUCCUCCGGGAGAUGCGAUUCGUCACCUCGAUGGCCUUUCGCAUUAUGUUCACCGAACCGAUCGUCACAUUCCUGGGGAUCUACAACGGAUUCGCCUAUGGGCUACUCUUUUUGUAUUUGGAUGGAGUAUUCGACGUAUUCGCUAUCAACAACGGGUUGUCGUAUAUCGAUGCCGAUCUCACGUAUCUCAACUUCGUCGUCAGCGUUACUGUCAUGUUUGCCUUCGUUCCAGUCCAAACAUGGUUCUAUAAGCGUGACCGAAAGAGAAACGGUGGUGUUGGCCGACCGGAAGCAAGGUUCUUGACUUCGCUGCUAUUCGUCUGGGGGUUCCCGAUAUCUCUUCUGUGGUUCGCAUUCACUAGCGACGGAAGUGUUUCGUACUGGUCACCCGUGGUGGCCGGUGGCUUGCUGGGUUUCUGCGACCCGCUUCUCUGGCUCGCAAUGCUUAACUACAUUGCUGAUACUUACACUAACGUCGCUGGGUCGGCAAUAGCAGCCUUUUUGAUACCCUCUUUCCUAAUUGCGGCCGGUUGCUGUCAUAUUGGAAUCGUCAUGUUUGAGAACCUAAGCACCAAAUGGGCGAUGGCCAUAUUGGGAUUCGUCUCAUUUAGCCUUGUCGCAUUAGUAUAUGUCUUGUACUUUCUUGGUCCGAGGAUUCGUUCUUGGUCAAAAUUAGCGAAGAAGUGA